UCUCUCCCUUUCUCAAAACUAGCUGCCGCAGCAGCUGGGUUCCGCGCUCGAGCUUCGCGCGACAAUCCCCGCGAUACCCUCGGCAGUCGCGCGCGACGACGCGUACGCGGCGCUCUCGUUUCGUAACUCUCCGAGCUUUUGACCUUUUCGCUCUCGUUUCUUGUGGGCAUGGGGAACGGAGACGGAGACGGAGACGGAGACGGAGACGGAGGCGGACGGGUGGCGAGAGAUGAUAAUGUCGACGCUCGCGGGGUGGUGGAUGUCGACUGUCCAUGUCCGGAGCUUGUUUUGCAGGUCAGGAGUGCUCCGGAAAUAAUCGAAGAAAUCCCAGACGCUGAUCAUCAAGGACGGCAGAGCCUGGUCCUACAGAUACCCACAAGAACCUCUGAGUUUGGUAGAGAGGAUUCUGCGGUAAUAGAUAUUCCACCAACGUCUAACCUUACUCCCAGAAGAGUCAACUUUUCGCCCAUGCCCAGUCCCAGUUUUGGCAAAGUGGAUGGAACUUCCGCCCCCUCCCCAUCAAAUCGCAGAACUAUGAAAAGCCUCCUUCCCAAACUGAGUUUUAAGUUUCGAAAUAAUACUUUUGACAUUGAGAAGGCGGCAAUGGUAGCAUUGGGUGCUUCUCCAGCAGGAAGAAGGGAGAGACCUCUCAUUCCAAGGACGUUCUCUUUUACGCGGCUUUUCACUCCCAGAAUGAAAACAGCGUCGUCCGUACCUGUCACUCCAAUUGCUCAUUCCAAUCCAGAGUCUAUGCAUGGACGGAACACAGCCGAACAGCUAAGUUCUGUGAAAGCUGAGGUCCGACCAUCUAUUCACCGAUCACGUUCAGUCCCCGUGAUUAACAAAGAUGGGAGCAUAAGGCCAAUGGAUUCUUUAGUCAACAUGUUUCGCAUGGUUCCCACAACUCCCCGGGUCGCUGCAGAUGCCAGUGUAUCAGAUGCAGCUCCUACAGGUGAUACUGAUGAAAACCGUGAUGAUGGAGAAGAUAUUCCUGAAGAAGAAGCAGUCUGUCGAAUAUGCUUUAUUGAACUUGGAGAAGGCUCGGACACACUUAAGAUGGAAUGUAGUUGCAAAGGUGAAUUGGCACUAGCUCAUCAAGAAUGUGCCAUAAAAUGGUUUAGCAUCAAAGGUAAUAAGAUAUGCGAUGUGUGCAAGCAAGAAGUCCGGAACCUACCUGUCACUCUUUUGAGAAUUCAAAAUCUUCAAGCCCGUAACUCACAAGGAAUUGGAGCUCCUGAGGUUGUUCAAUACAGGUUGUGGCAGGAUGUCCCGGUUCUUGUCAUUGUCAGCAUGCUCGCUUAUUUUUGCUUUCUCGAGCAGCUUCUGGUAGGCAAAAUGGGUUCUGGCGCUAUUGCCAUUUCUCUCCCAUUUUCCUGUAUUUUAGGGCUUCUUGCGUCCAUGACAUCCUCCACCAUGGUGCAAAGAAGAUUUGUCUGGAUUUAUGCAGCUAUUCAGUUUGGGCUGGUGGUUCUAUCAGCACAUCUUUUUUAUUCACUGCUUCACCUGCAAGCUGUUCUAUCAGUUCUCCUAGCUACCUUCGCCGGAUUUGGGAUGACAAUGUGCGGGACUUCUAUUCUAGUUGAGAUUUCGAAAUGGAGGGUCUGGUGGCUGGCCCGAUCAGCACAAAGACAUAAUGCCCAGGAGAACUCGCAGUUUGAUCAAAUGCCCGUGGCUGUGGAGCAGAACCAUAUGCAACCACAGCAUCAAGAAACUGAACCGGGGAACUCAGAAACUUCACGUGGUAACUGACUUGAUAUGUAUAAAAGUGCACGAGGCUGCUAUGGAAACAAGCUGCAUCAACUGUAUAGAAACCAUCUUCAUCUUCUUCUUGGCCGAUUCCGGUCUUUUGUUAGCUGGGGGAUACAUUUGGUGCCCGGUUCUAUUGCUGUUAUAUCUUCGUUUGGCUAAUUGCAGUCUUUGUUAGCUGUGGAUACGUUCGAUGCCCUUGGCAUAUACUUGAAGCAUAAAAAUAUGUUGUCUUUGCUUUUUAUCAA